AUGUUCUUCCCCGAAAGCCCAAAUAUAAACGGCGCGCUCAUAAACCCCCAAAACAACACGAGAACGAGGUCAUCGGCAAUUUGCUUUUCCCAGGCGGCAAUGGCGGACGGAAUUGAAGACGGAGGGCUGGAGGCAUCGGCGAGCCGAGUCUCGCACAUAAAGAAACGAGCGUUGAAGAACAAAGCUCUGGCCAUAUCUUUCAACGAGAAGGAUCUCAGGGACUACGUCACUGGCUUCCAUAAGAGGAAGAAGAAGAGACGAAAGGAAGCUCAUAAGCAACAGGAGGAGGCUGCUCGACGGAAGCGCAUCGAACUGCGGCAGAAGAGGAGGUUGGAAGAUGAAUUUCAUAUGGACGAAGGAGCUCCCCCGGUGGAUGAAGAGAUCGAGGAGGAUGAUGAGGGCGCGGAGGAAAGUGAGCCUGUUGCUUCAGUCAGCGGGACGACAAUGUAUGAUCACGGGGACUUGAAGGUAACAGUAACGACUAGUGAGAUCUCCAGAGAAGAUGACGACUCUGGACCAAACGAGACAACGCCAUCAGCCAUUGCAAAACCAAUCAUUAUUAAGAAGAAGAACCAGAAGCUACCCGUGAGUAAAAAACCAUCAUUCAAGAAAUCCUCCAAGCGCAAGACCCGAGCAAAGCCACAGACCAAAAGGGAUAAAAGGAAAGCGAAACUACCGAGCCGGAAGUGAUAAGUCUUCCCUUCGGAGAGGCAGCUUCAAAGGUCUGAGAUGACUUCUUCCGGUAUUGUUUUGACUUGUUUACUAAGAAACUGAUUUGAUAACUGAAUAGUUGGUUAUGCAAACGCCAUGAGCUCCACUUGUGAUGUGGGAAUAUUGAUGUCUGUGUGGUUAUGUGCCUUUUUUAUCCGUUUGCUUUAUAUCUCAAGUGAAGUAAAGAGCAAGCAAAAUAUGUGUUAAAAAAAAAGGCUAAAU